AUGGAUACGCAUCUAAACUCUUUCUACAAAGACAACCUCCAUCCUUUCAUCGAUGCCAUGACGAACUUGCUCAUCGAGACAGCCAAUAGAUCUGGAAGACCGGGCUGGUUGACAGCGCUGUAUCGGAGAACGAACAGGAGGUUUGACGAGGACAGUGAUACCGUUCACCAGGUUGCCAGGGAGGUUGUGGACAGAAGACGCAGAGUUGGCCAAUCCGAGAAGAAGGACCUCCAAGACGCCAUGCUGAACGGCAAAGAUCCAGCAACUGGCAAAAGCUUGACAGAUCAGACUAUUACGAAUAACAUGAUCACUUUUUUGAUUGCUGGGCACGAAACAACGGCCUGCCUGUUGGGCUUCUUCUUUGCGCUUAUCGUGCAACACCCAGAGGCUUAUGAGAGUGUACAGAAAGAAGUCGAUUCUGUCGUUGGACAAUGGCCUAUCAAAGCUGAUGAUGUCAGUCGACUCCCAUAUAUCAAAGCAUGUCUGAGGGAGGCCCUACGAUUGUAUCCCCCUUCAGCUGGGUUUUCUCCGACCCCGACGGGAGAUGAAUUGACCGACGGCCCGGCCAUCGUGGGAGGAAAAUGGCCUAUAAAACGCAGACAAGCAAUCUUCAUUCUCGUUCCGGGUGUCCAUCGAGACCCUAGUGUCUGGGGUUCUGAUGUGGAUGAGUUCAGGCCGGAGAGAAUGCUAGAUGAAAACUUCAAGAACCUGCCCCCUGGCUGCUAUAAACCCUUCGGAAACGGACAGAGAGCAUGUAUUGGGAGUGAAUUUGCCAUGCAAGAGUCCAUCUUGGCAGCGGCUAUGCUGUUCCAGAAGUUCGAUUUCAACUUUGUCGACCCAGCAUACAAGCUUACUGUCAAGAAAACCCUGACACUUAAACCACGGGACCUAUUCAUACGCGCCAAGCUUCGUCCAGGUAUCGACGUCUUGACUCUGCAGCGAGAUAUGGUACACGGUCCAAGUGGCAACAAACCAGUUACUGCGUCCCAUGAACACAACCGAGACGCUAUAGGGGAGACUCCUAUUGGACUGAAGCCUUUGUCCAUUUUCUACGGGUCGAAUACAGGAACUUGUCAGGGUCUCGCUGACUGGCUGGCAAUGACGGCGCCACAACGUGGGUUCCAGGCCACAGAGGGGCAAGCUCCGGACAACGGGGCCAAGUUCGUGAAGUGGCUGGAGGAUGAGGACAACACCCUCGACGGUGUCAACUGCGCAGUUUUCGGUUGCGGCAGCAGGGACUGGAAAGAUACAUUCCAGCGUGUUGCCAUCAUCGUGAACAAACUCAUGCAGAUGAAGGGCGCUGAAGCCCUGGCACCAAGGGGUGUGGCAGACGUUACCGAAGGCAACAUUCUCUCUGACUUUGAUACGUGGCAAGCAGAUCAUCUUGGCCUGGAAUAUCCAAAGCUUAUGCCACUUUCUAUUGUCGGAACCACCACAAAAGACCUGAUCGGCAUCACUCAAUUCCCGGCUCACAUUGCAAAAGACAAUGCUCACGCGUUCGAUGCGAAGAUUGUUGAAGUCGCAGCUCUAACAGCCUCUGAAGACAGACCGAAAUAUCACAUGGGGAUACAGGUCCCUGAGAACAUCCAAUACAAGGUCGGCGAUUAUCUGGAAGUCUAUCCAAAAAAACAGACCUGA